GGCGUUUCUGAGGAGACGCCUCAGCUGGCAGAUACCACCCGGCUGGAAGCCUCGGGACCGGCCGCGUCCAUCGCAGAGUCGCCAUGGGGGCUGUGCUGGGCGUCUUCUCCUUCGCCAGCUGGGUUCCGUGCCUUUGCGGUGGUGCGUCAUGUUUGCUGUGUAGUUGCUGUCCCAACACUAAGAAUUCCACUGUGACUCGCCUCAUCUAUGCUUUCAUUCUCCUCCUGGGCACUCUUGUCUCCUGUAUCAUGCUGUGGGGCGGCAUGGAAAAUCAGCUGAAGAAGAUUCCUGGAUUCUGUGAAGGGGGAUUUAAAAUCAAGGUGGCUGAUAUAAUGACAGAUAAAGAUUGUGAUGUGCUGGUCGGUUAUAAAGCUGUGUAUCGGAUCACCUUUGCCUUGGCCAUCUUUUUUUUUGUCUUCUUUCUGCUCAUGUUAAAAGUGAAAACAAGUAAAGAUCCCAGAGCAGCAGUACACAAUGGGUUUUGGUUCUUCAAAAUUGCAGCCAUUGUUGGUAUCAUGGUUGGAUCUUUCUAUAUCCCUGGGGGCCAUUUCACUACAGCCUGGUUUGUUAUUGGCAUGGUAGGGGCCUUCUUCUUUAUCCUCAUCCAGCUCGUGCUGUUGGUAGACUUUGCUCACUCUUGGAAUGAAUCCUGGGUAAAUCGAAUGGAAGAAGGAAACCCAAGGUUGUGGUAUGCUGCUUUACUGUCUUUCACAAGCAUCUUCUAUAUCUUGUCAAUCGUCUUUGUUGGGCUGCUCUAUACAUAUUACACCAGACCAGAUGGCUGCACAGAAAACAAGUUCUUCAUCAGUAUUAAUCUCAUCCUUUGUGUUGUGGUUUCUGUUAUAUCAAUCCAUCCAAAAAUUCAGGAACACCAGCCUCGUUCUGGCCUCCUGCAGUCUUCCGUCAUCACCCUCUACACCAUGUACCUCACGUGGUCCGCCAUGUGCAAUGAACCUGAUCGUUCCUGCAACCCUACCCUGUGGAGCAUCAUUACACACAUGACUGCACCAACCUUGGCUCCUGGAAAUUCAACUGCUCCGGUCCCUACCUCUACUCCACCAUCAAAGAGUGGGCAUUUUCUGGAUACAGACAAUUUUAUUGGGCUGAUAGUCUUCGUUCUCUGCCUUUUGUAUUCUAGCAUCCGCAAUUCUAACAACAGUCAAGUAAGUAAGCUGACCCUGUCAGGAAGUGACAGUGUGAUCCUCCGUGAUACUACCACCAGUGGUGCCGGCGAGGAAGAAGAUGGGCGGCCUCGGCGGGCUGUGGACAACGAGACAGAGGGAGUGCAGUACAGCUACUCCGUCUUCCACCUCAUGCUCUGCUUGGCUUCCUUGUACAUCAUGAUGACCCUGACCAACUGGUACAGCCCUGACGCAAAGUUCCAGAGCAUGACCAGCAAGUGGCCAGCUGUAUGGGUCAAGAUCAGCUCCAGCUGGGUCUGUCUCCUCCUCCACGUCUGGACCCUUGUGGCUCCACUCGUCCUCACCAGUCGAGACUUCAGCUAAACCUCGCUUGGCGUGCCCAGGACACUGCUGAAAUCCAUGAAGGUCUCCUUCAUGGAUCUUGCUGAAAGUCCAUAUCCCUUUUGCUUCAACUAAAAUAUUAAGUGAAUGCUUUGCAGAUGUCGCCAUAUUCAGGUUUAUAUCAGAGGGCAAGAUUGAAUAAUGCUUAAUGCAGGAUCUGAACUUGUCAUUUAUAUAUAUAUUAUGUUUAUUUGUAAGGAUAUAGCACAAAGGAAACAUUUUUGCAUUUUAAAGUGAACGACAGCUGUGCUGUGAAGAGAGUUCUGUAUUAAGACCUGUAGGUUCCUGCAACUCUGAUUUAAAAUGUAAGGUAGAAAAAUGUUGGAUAUUUGAGGCAACUGUUAAUAUAUUUCUAUUGCGGUAUCCUUAAAAAGCAAAAGUAAUGAUAAUGGUGAUGCAUUUCUAUGACGGUUUUCCUCUGUGAAAGUCUUAUUUGUGUGAUACAAACGCUAUUGAGUCUUUAGCCUCUUAAGAGGUGUAGCAUCGUAGUACGUAGGGGAAGGAGUAUGUGUGUGGGUCUUUCCUCAGAACAGGGGUUGCUGAUAUAGCUACUGCUUCUACAUCGUGAGUUUUUUCAUUUACUUUUUUUAUAGUACAACAUUGAUGCUGCUUGAUUCGAGUCUGUGGCUUUGCCAGAAAGGUUAAUUUCUGUAACUACUUUGUAGGUUUGGUUAAAAUGAAGAUUCACUUGGGAAAACAGUGCACCUUUAGGCUAUGUCAUUAUCUUGUUAUGAGUAUGUAAAAGUAAAAUGCAUGUGAAUUUAUUAUAUUUGCACUAUUUGAUUAAAACAGAAAGACUUAAGCUUUUAAGGCCCUUUCUUUAACAGCUUUUAUGAGUUAGCAGCCAUCCUAUAUUUGUUAGACUUAUAUGGGCAGUCAGGUUUAUCAAGCAUCUAGCAGAAUGCUCCUAUUCCUUCUAAAACUUGAGGUCUGACUGGUGAGUAAAGUCUUGAACUCAUUCAAAAGUUGUACUAAAUAUCUUCUCUGGGUAAGACACUUGGGUAGAUGAGAGACAAGGCAGGCACUGUCAGGAAACUUUCAGGAGAGGUAGCACGCAAGGAGGUAGAACGGUUUGUUCUUUCAACACAGAUUUCCUGAGUGUUCUGUACCAGGUCUUGUCAGGUUCUGGGAUAGAACUUUAAACAUGACAGGCACUGGCUCUGCCAUCUUAGACUUAAGGAGGGUGCAAAUGAGCCGGCAGGUGGUACAGUUGGUAUAAUUAGUGCUGUGAUUUAGGAAUUGCAGAGCACUCAAAGGAGAGGUGCCUGGGGUCGGGUAGGGGUGUCGUCGUAGGCUUUCUGGGAAAAGUGAUGUCUAAGCCAAGAAAUGUUAGGAGUUAGCUGAGAGAGAAAUGGGGAAGUGGGAUGGUAUUGCUGAAGGGUAGACAAAACUGUAUGUUAGAGGCAGGGAGGUUAAAAAAAAAAAAAACUCAUUCAGUAAAGCUAGAAUGGGGAGAAGUGGGCAGGGACUAGGUUAUGAAGGGCUUUGUAAACCACACUAAAGAGUUUGGACCUUACAUGGAGGGCAGCAGGGAAUGUAUUCAGUGACAUGAAAAAUGGUGUCUUCAUUCACUGUGGCUGAUAUAUAGAGGAUGGUUUAGAAAGAUGAGACCAGGGGCAGUCCAUAUAAGAUCUGAUACAAAGAAGUAAAAGUGAAGAUGGGGAGAAAUUGACAGCUGAGAGCUACUUAGUAAUUAAAACCUUAAAAUUGGCAAAUUGAUUAGUUAUGGAGGAGAGGUGGAUUCCUGAGUGAUGCUGGUUGAAUCACGUGGGAGGAUGGUGGUUCCAUUUAUUUAGGGGAGAAAGAGAAAAAGGAACAUGUUGUGCUAGAAGAAUGAUGGAGAUGGUCCCUAAGCAAGGCUGAGAGCCUUUUUCUAUCAGCCAACCUGGUUAGCUAAUAUUUAUUGAGUACAUACUCUGCUUUAUGACCUUGGGCAAACGACUAGCUGUCUGAGCCUCAGUGUUUUCUUUGUUUGAACAAAAGAUAGUACCUCGUACAUAAGAUUGUUUAGAGAGUAAAGUUAACUUUGGAAAGUGCUUUUAACCCAUUUUAAGCACUCUGGUUGUAGCUGCUAAUCUCGAUAGGGGCUUAAAGUAAGAGUGGACAGUAUUUGAAGGUCAGAGGUGUUCAGCCAAAAUCUGAUGGAGGCUAGAUCUGAGGUGUUCUUAACAGAAUGAAACAGAUGGAACAUGGAGGGGACAGGCUCAGCGUAGGUGGAGGUGGAGGGGAAGGAAGCAGGGCUUGAUAUGAAUUGUUGGAACCACCAUCUUUUAAACCAGUGCUUUAUGUCAGGGUAUAGAGAUAAAGUUGCAAGGGAUUUGAGGGGCUGAUAGGGGUGGUUUAGCCCUUUGCUUUGCCAGAGUUAAGCCAACACCGCAUUUUCCUUAAUAGGGCCAGCCAGAUUUAGACCUUCCAAGAUUCUACACGUCAAAAACAUUCCAGUGCGCCAUCCCCCAUCUUCUGUAAUUCUAAAUAAAAGCAAUACUAAACUGUAAAAUAAGUGUAACGAAGUCCAAUAAAGUAUUUUUAUCAUGA